CCGCGCGCUCACAUCACGUAUAGCAAGUAGACACGUUGCUUCUUCCCGUCUUCUCCCGGCUUGCCGGCCGGGCGCGUAUAAGUAGAGGCCCCAGCGCCCCGCGGUUUAGACAGCAAAAGCAACCAGUCUAAGUGAGCUAAGCCCAGGAGCUUCCGUUGGAGCGUGAAUUAGGAAGUUAACCGAUGGCCCGCCUGGUCGGAGUUUGGCUGGGGGAGUUCGCCAAGAUGGGGGGCCGGGAGGCGGCACCGGCGGCCGACGCCGGGGUCGGCCGGCGAGCCCAGAUGAGCGAGGGGGAGGGCGGGAAGAGCGGCAAGGGUGGCGCCGUGCAGGAGAGCACGAGGAGGAGGGACAGCAGCGUCGUGCUCUCCGACUCCGAGGUCACCGUGUGCAUGCUCAUGGACCGCUUCGCCCCUGCGUGACGCACGCCGCUCGCUGGCUGGGUUUCGCCGGUAAAAUGGGGCUGGUAGAAGUGUAUACGACUGUAUAUACGUUCUCUGUAUAUAAUAACACUAUGGCUAGCUAUUUGCGUCAACUGUACUAUAUAUUUAUAUGGGUUGUAUCUUUGAAAUUUGGAGUCAAUUCGUUUGUUAAUAUUUGCAGCACAAGUGCUGGUUCUGA